UUGACAUUCGUGGGUCAGUGGGCAUGAAAGGUAAGAUGUGUAAGUCGGUAGUCGUGUUGGUGGUGCUAGCUACCGUCACUGCUUCCUGGGCUGUCUGCAUGAAGGAGUACUGCUAUCCAGGUGAAGCGUGCUGGCCCAGCCCUGUUGAUAUCGCCCUUUUGAAAGCUCGACUGCGAGGAAUCCUUCUCCAGCCCUUUGACGCGGGCUACGUCAACGAAGUGGCCAUGAAGAAUGCGCGGUUCACAAAAUCUCCGGGACUGGUCGUAAAGGCAAGUACGGUACAGGACGUCCAGGAAGCCGUACUUUUCGCCAAGAAGUUUAAUAUUAGACUCACCGUGCUGUCCUCAGGACACGACCGUACGGGCAAGUCCACGGCCGAUGGAAGUCUGCAGGUGAAUAUGUCAGGGAUGAAGGGACGAGUUGUCCGCCUGGAUGAUCCGAGUCACGAAGCUGGUACCAUCACGGUGCAGUCAGGAAAUACCUGGAACGAAGUCUACCAGGAGGUGGACAGGAUUGGACGAGUGAUCGCUGGAGGCAGCUCCACCACGGUAGCCAUGGGGGGUUACACCUUGGGUGGGGGACACGGGCCUCUUAGUCGGACCCUCGGACUAGCAGUGGAUAAUCUGCUACAAGUAGAAAUGGUAACGGCCAACGGGGUCAUCGUCACUGCGUCGGCAGAAUCCAAUCCGGAUCUGUUCUGGGCCGUCCGAGGCGGUGGAGGCGGCACUUUCGGAAUUAUUUCCAGUUUUACAUUCAAACUCCACAUCCCGCCAGACUCAAUGGUAUCACUGCUCUGUGGUUACCCUUUGGUUUCCGAACAGGAUACUCAGAUAGGCAAACAAAUCCUGUCCACUUAUCUGAACUACUUGCCUACCCUACCAGAAAAGUGGGGCGGCCACUUCGUGACCAGCGAGUCCUACCCUGGGCUAAUACCAGAUACGGAGGCCGCCAUGGUUGUAGCCUUGCUUCAUUACGGACCAUGGUCUGCUCCGACCAGAACGGCUGUGCAACCUCUGAUUGACGAACUCAGCAGCUUACAAAUCUCUUGUGACUACACAGAAGUCGCAUCUUUUUGGGAAUGGAAACGUAACUUCACGGAUGAUGCCUCGUUCCGGAGCUAUGUCAGCAAUGUGUUUCUACACUACGACAGCCUACGACCUGAGCUCGCCAACUUAAUAGUAGAUUCGUCCAAUGGCCCCUUGUCACAAGAAACGAAUGCUCGACUUAGCUGCACAUUUUCUCUUUUAGGAGGUAAAGUCUCUAGCGUUCCAGUGGAACGGACAGCCGUGUCUCCAGCGUUCCGAACGGCUUUGGUGUCCUUGACCUGCGGAACAGGAUGGCAGAACCCAAUUAAUGAUGACAUCAAUGCCGCUAAUAUGAUGGAAUUCGGCAAAAGGCUUCGUGAGUUUGGUAAUGGAGUUUACUUUAGCGAAGCAGAACAGCAUUUGCCGAACUGGAAGAACGAUUUCUGGGGCCCUCAUUACCCAAGACUUGUGGAAACGAAGAGAGCAUGGGACCCGAACAACACUUUCUUCUGUCCCCAGUGCGUUGGCUCCGAGAGUGUAGGUAUCACCGGCUGCAACAUAACAAUGGUGAAACCCGAAGAGCAGCGAGAGAAUAGCACCACUGAGAGGCCACCAAAGAGUGACUUUACAGGAGUCAAGUUCUGCAGCCGUUUCUGUUCCCCCGGGCACACAUGUUGGCCGUCGUUGGCUGAGGUGACCAAACUGGCCUCCUCAUUAGACGGUACAUUGAUGACGCCUAACAUGAAGGACUAUGGCUCCACGGUAAUCAUGAAGGACACGCUGUACACCAAAGAACCUGGUAUUGUGGUGCUGCCUAAGACCAGUCAGGACGUACAGAGAGCCUUACGGUUUGCCAAGAGAUAUAACAUCCGGUUGACUAUCAGAUCUUCUGGACAUGAUUAUAACGGCAGAUCUACAGCAGACGGUAGUCUCAAUAUCGAUUUUGUACAUAUGAAAGCUAGGAAAGUCAACUUGAAUGACGCACGGAGCUCCACCGGGGCGACACUAUACGCUGAAACAGGCAAUACGUGGCACGAUGUAUACAGAGAGAUUGACAAAUAUGACAAGCAAAUUGUUGGCGGGAGCGCACAGACGGUAGCCAUGGGUGGCUACACUACUGGAGGGGGGCAUAGUAUUUUCUCCAGGACCCUGGGCCUAGCCGUCGACAACGUGGUCGAAUUUGAGAUCGUCUUGGCGGACGGGACGCUUGCCACUGCCUCGGCAAACGGCACCGUGUUCCUAGCUGACGGCGUCGCUAUAGGAAGGAGUCCAUCAUCGGAUCUGUUCUGGGCUGUGCUGGGUGGGGGCGGAGGCACGUUCGGGGUGGUAACGAGCUUCACAUACAAGCUGCAUCCUGCUCCGCCCCAGAUUGUCGGCUUUACCUGUGUCUACCCUAUUAACGUAGAUAGCGACAUUAUCAGCAGGGAUGUCCUUAACUUAUUCCACACCCUGUUGCCAACCCUGUCUCCGAAGUGGGGAGGAUAUUACCUCAUCACCGCCUUAGAACCAGGAGUUUCUAACAGAACUGUCGGUUCACUAACGUUUGCCUUCAUGCACAACGGUCCGUGGGAAGAUCCGAGCGUCAACGAUGUCCGACCCCUCAUGAACUUCAUGAAGGAAUACCAGUACUAUUGCCAAUACGCCAAUUAUACUUCUUACUUAGAGUACAAGGGGAACAAAACCGAUGAAAUAUUUUAUCGCACCUAUGUUUUCAACAGGCUUUUGCAAAAUGACAGCCUGACCCCAGAGCUGACAGAGACGAUGUUAAGCGGGUUCACCAACCCGUCCCUUGGGCUGUAUGGCUGCACUGGCACCAUGCUCGGCGGGAAGAUAAAAGAAAUACCCGUUGGUAAGACUCCAGUUCAUCCCGGCCUCCGAUCUGCCCUCAGUUCUCUGACCUGUGGAAUCGCUUGGCAAGACCCUAGGGCCGACCCUAUCAAUAUUGCUGUGGGUAAGCAGCUUGGAAAGAAACUUAAUGAGCAUGGCAAUGGCGUGUACCUAAACGAGCCAGAGAAGUAUUUGCCUACGUGGAAGGAGGACUUUUGGGGACCCAAUUAUGACCGUCUUUUGUCUAUUAAACAGCAGUGGGACAGAGAUGGCUUGUUCUAUUGCCAUCACUGCGUGGGAUCGGACCUAAUAGAGCAGUUCUCUUGCAAUCAGACAUUUUCCCGUGUUGACCAGGUGGCAGUGGAAGAAACGAAAGGAUGCGAAGCGUACAGAGAUCCUCCCUUUCAUGACGGCCCAAUGACGAGUCCUUUGAAUCAAGGCGUUGGUUUUUGCUCCAGGUAUUGUCUUCUCGGACAUCCUUGUUGGCCCACGGACGCCGAAUUCAGCGAGCUGGCCCAGACCUUAUCUGGAACGGGUUUAAUCCAGACAACUCCGGGCUUCCAGCAAACACCACUAGCCGGGCGUCUGUCCAACGCUCCAGCAAUUGUAGUCCUUCCAAAGACCAUGUCUGACAUUCAGCGAACUCUCGAUUUCGGCCGACGGUACAAUCUGCGCAUCGGCCCAGUGGCGUCAGACAUGGAAAUUCAUGGACCUCUUCUAGAUAGCAGUCUGUUGAUUAUUCUAGCCGACAUGAACUCAGUCCAAGUAAACUUGAACGAUCCUAAUAGUCCCACUGGUGCGUCAGUGUCCACAGAUCUUGGAGCAAGUUGGGAGCAGGUUUUGAAUGAGGUGGAAAGAUACAGGAAGGUCUUGGUUGGUGCGAAUGAGCCCGAAACUCUUCUUCUCGACUUCAUGACGGCCGGUGGAUAUGGUCCGCUGGCCAGAACGCUCGGGCUGGCUGUGGAUAACGUCAUAGGUUUUGAUCUUGUUCUUCCCGACGGCGUCGCCAUAAAGUUGUUUGAAAAGACAGCUGUGAUGACCUAUCUGAAUGGCACGUCUCUGACAACCAUGGCCCCGGAGUUGUUUUGGGCCCUUCGUGGAGGCGGGGGAGAUACGUUCGGGAUCGUCUCCGGGGUGACCUUCGCCAUUCAUGACGCACCUGAAGCGUUCGUCCACUAUCUGGGAGUCUGGCGGCUAAACAACGGCUCGGACAGUUCGUACGGUCGAGACAUGCUGGAGCAGUUUCACCGUGUGCUGCCAGAACUGUCCCCCAAAUGGGGCGGAGAGAUUGUCAGCAUUCCUCAACCCCCGGAAAACGGGUUUAAUGGCACAAUCGCCGUGUCGCUCCUUCACUUUGGCGAGAUGGGCGAUCCUUCGAUGCAAGAUGUUCAACUGAUACAGUCCAUUGAACCGGACGGUCAGCUGAUGUCUCAAAUGGCGAACUACACGUCCUUUGCCGAAUUCCAAAAGACAGUGGGCAGCAAUAAUUUCAUCCACGAAUACGGUUUCAACACAUUUCUGCAGUAUGAGAGUGACCCUAGGCGCAUUGCGGAUUUCAUCGUGAAUGUCACCUUGGACUAUGGCACGUGUAGGGAGACACUGAUCGGCGGAAAGGUGUCCCAGGCCCGAGCAGACUCCGCGGCCAUCAACCCCAAAUUCAGAACUGCCCUUACAUCACUCACGUGUGCGUUUGUCUGGAACGACACGUCCAUUUCUGACGAAGUCUCCACGACAGCACGUGAAUACAGCGAGGCUAUAGGUGAACUCGGCGAGGGAGCCUACCUGAGUGACGUUGACACAAACCUCCCAGAUUGGCAAGAGGAUGUGUGGGGACCCCAUUACACCAACCUUAUAGAACUGAAGGAAGAAUACGACCCUUAUUUCCUCUUGACCUGCGAAAAUUGUCUAGGCGCGGAGAGGAUCUUGGAAUUCUACAACGAGACUUAUAGUGCACCAGAGCAAACCACACAAGGAUAUUUGCGCAACUACACCAAGUCGGCUCUCGAAACCGUGGACUUCGCAGAAGAGAACGAAUUUGUGUCCAGAUUUUGCAUUCAUGGGUUGCCAUGUUGGCCGUCGAACGCUGAAUUCGUGUCUCUCAACACAAGUCUCGAUGGCACUAUACUGAGGCCUCGGGAUGCAGGUUACUCCGAUCACACUCAUCUUCGGAACAAGCUGAGAAGUCGGUCCCCAGGAGCUGUCGUGUUCCCCCGCUCUGUUGCAGACGUGCAGAGAGCGGUCUUGUUUGCUCGCGAACACAAUCUUAGGGUGACCGUGGUCUCCUCCGGACACAGUUUUAAUGGCAAGAGCACGGCUGACGGCAGCUUUCAAAUAAACCUCUCUCGAUUGAGGCGUAUUCACAUGGACCCCAUCGACACGAACAGUCCGACGUCAGAGUCUGUGACUGUGGAGGGCGGUGUCAGCUGGGGCGACGUCUACCAGGAGGUCAAUAAGUGGAGCCGUCGUACUGUGGUUGGGCCGUCGUCUCUUAGCGUUUCACCCGCAGGAUACACAAUGGGUGGAGGGUUUAGCCCUCUCUCUCCGUCAUUAGGACUCGCUCUGGACAACACGAUAGCUAUCCAGAUGGUGACAGCAGAUGGCAGGAUCGUCAACGCUACCAAGUCCGGCACUAGAGUGAUGGACAUUCACGGUAACGUAACCUCUACUGAAAACACUGACCUGUUUCGAGCCCUGAGAGGCGGCGGAGGCGGGACGUUCGGAAUCGUGACAGCCCUGACGUAUCAGAUCCAUCAGGCACCUCCCGAAUUCGUCCAGUUCAGCUGCAUCUUCGCUCCGCUCAUGCAUAGCGCGGAAGAAACGAAAACUGCCAUGCAUGAAGUCGUGAGGUUUUUUAACAGCAUGGUUAAGACGCUCCCCGAGGAGUGGGGCGGUCAGUUUAUCGUUUCCAACACCCAGGGCAUGGGUGGAUCCAGCUUUGCUGCCGUCCAGUUGCUGCACUCCGGGCCCUGGGACAAGGCAAGCCGACGAGCGGUUGAGCCGUUUUUCGGUUUUCGUAAGGAAUGGCAGUUAACCUGUCGUUACUCUCAACAUAAAUCGUUCUGGGAUUACGCGAGGCUACAUGUGGAUUUGCCCUUGGAUCGUACCUACAUCGCUAAUGGCUUAACAUCAGCUGGACAAAUUGGACGCGAGUUAACAGAUAUGGUGGUUGACCAAGUAUUUAGCACUGAUGGGAACAGUAACGCCAAGACCUGCUUUUAUGAUAUCCUCGGGGGUAAAGUGUCUGCACACAAGAAUAGUGUGGAUUCUCUAAACCCGCUAUUGAGGGAUGCCGUCCUAUCUGUCGUCUGCUCUGUCACGUGGCUUGACGUUGCCGGUGACGCCGCAAAUGUGGCCGCUGGUAGGAAUAUGAGCCAAGCGGUGUACAACGUCACAGACGGCGUCUACCUGAAUUACGCGGCUUAUGACUUACCCAACUGGAAAACGGAUUUCUGGGGAAACAAGUAUGACGACCUGCUAACUGUGAAGAAAACCUGGGAUCCUGAAAAUUUCUUUUACUGUCGGCAUUGUGUCGGCUCUGAAUUGGUAUCUAAUUUCCGGGAACAAACCCGGCCACAGUAUCGGCCGAAAGAGGGACCGGGUACCACAGCCCCGAAGAAAGCUUCGAACUCUGCUGCUCAUCUGAGCCCACUUACAGCUGUGCUUCUGUCAUUCGUCUGUCUCUUACUGAAAAAUCAUUAGUUUUGUAUAGUGCGAUCUAGAUAUAGCAUUUCACAUACGUGUACAUUUACAAUUAUUUUAACUGAAAAAAGUGGACAGAAUCAAUCAUAUUUUUUGUACUAUAAAAAGAUAUUUAGUAUACGAUUUUUAAAAAAAUUGAAAUGUGCUCUUUACACCAUUUUUAAAAAUGUGAACCGAUAUACCCACAAGUAGUUUGUUCACUUUUCUUAUAUUUAUAAAUUUUGAAUAUGCUAAACAAAGUCGGUAACUUUGACGUUGUGGGGGAAUGAAAGUGUAUAUUGGGGAAUACAACAGAAACGUGGCGACAAUUAAUUAACACCAGUAAAUCUUUUGAUUUUUGGCUGAACUUAAUAACGUAUGUUGAGGUAUCAUGCAAUGCCGACAAGGAGGAAAAUGGCACAGGACCCACUCCUCUGAUUCCUAAAGCGGUGUUCCCUCGGAGAUUUGAUGUGUACUACUAAACUGGAGGGAUUCAGUUUCACCCACAUCAAAUCUACUACCCGGAGAAACAACUGCUUCGAUCUCGUCCGAUGGUCAUUAUCUCCAGCUCUGUGCUGGAUGCAUGAUCUCCCCUGUUCUAUGGAAAGCACUUAACGCUUGAGGCGCUGUAUUAGGUGUUCGGGGAGGUAAGAAAGAUCGUUGCACAAGGGAAAGGCAGGGUUUGCAGAAGGAUAGCGAAUGGAAAAGGGGCCAACACAACAUCUAGUGAGGAUGGAGUAUGAAAACUCAAAUGCAUGGUGUAUACGCUUCUUGAUUGUCCAGAAUAGGGAACGAAGAAUUCGGUUAGGUUUCGUGAGCAAAUUCCGAUUUGUCUGUGUUAUAUGUGUUGGAUAUCAUAGUUAAAACAAACCAUAAUUCCAGGUGUUAUUAAUUCAUUAAUAAAAAUUGACUUUUCUGUAGGAGAGACCUAGACCAUAAGACCUAACUUUCUUAGACGUACUGCAGACAUGUAAUCUAAACAUGCAUAUGUACAAGUUAUUUUGUACAUAUGACACGUUAUAUAGUAAAAUUCUAUCCUUU